CUGUAGGAUAACUAUAUGCUGCGAAAACUGCUAGCUUCCAGCACUUCCCAACUCUCUUACCUGGGCACCUGCUCCAGCGGUUUCAGCGGUAACGUCUUGAUGGGCCAGCGGAACUCCAUCUCGAUCAUCCUCUUAGCGACUCGCAACGCAGACUGAACGGUGUUCUGCAUCAGCAUCGCCACGGUCAUCGGGCCGACGCCACCCGGUACUGGGGUGACAUACGAUGCCACCACCAGUGCCUCGUCGUACUUGACGUCCCCCACUAGCCGCUGGCCGCUCUUCUUAGUCGGAUCUAGUUACAAGUUGUGUGCAAUGAGACAGAAUAAAAAAAUAACGUAAGAAUGGACUCUGAUUACCAGGUGAGGACGAAAUAUCCGAUCUCGAAACAUUUUUUUCACUGGAUAAUAACGACUUCAUUAGACUAAAAUUAAUAAACGCACAAGUAAAAGCUAUACUGAAUCUUAAAAAAAAAUAUCAAGACGGCCUUUAUAGAGAAGAAAUUAUUGAAGAGGUUUACAUCAACGGUGAACCGGACACUGCUCAUGCAACACAUCAAACUACAAGCAUAUCUGCAAUCGCAUCAGUUGACAAGCCAGAGUUAUAUAAAUCUAUAAUUUUAGACAAGACUGUGGAUAUAAACAAGAUCUUUGGCAUUACCACUGAAGGUAUUGCAGUCAUGGAGAAAUUGAAAUUUGCUACAGCAAUUACUGAUAAGCUCAUUACAAAAAUUACACACAUACUUUGUUAUUUUCUCUUCUUCAUAUCCGGAGGGAGAGCGUCAACAACACAAAAAGAUAUACUGGCAAAAUCCCUUGUUGAGAGCUAUCCAAGUCUGGCUUCCACUGCAUCGGAUAAUGUACAGGUACACAGGCACAGUUUUAUACUUUUAAUGUGAUGAAAAUGAUUUAAGCUGUAUUUCCGCAUAGAUCACAUAACUUCUUAUUUGGAUAUUGAAAACUUGAAUCUUAUGACAAGAUUGUCAUUGUUUUCUUGACUUCCUCGCUAAAAUGGUCUAAGCGCAAGAUAAAAAAAUUAAAAAUGGUCUAAGCGCGAGAUAGCAAUAAUGUUUUGUAACAAAAACUUAUAAUGUGCUGCUUUAUAUCUUAUUUAUAUAUAGUCCCUCUGGUUCCACAAGCAUGAACGUGGUAUUGGUAGACAUGCAGGAAAACUGCACUACAGAAUGGAAUUUUUGUGUAAGAAAGCAGAAAGGAGACUAUUCGUACGCAAUAAUGGAACAAACUCACUCGAAUCCGUUUCAAAACUAGAGCCUAUACAAAUUAUGGAUGAGAUUCCAGCUGUUGAAGAUAUGCUUACAGAACUGCAAUAUUUUAUUCCAUCUAAUCAUUCAAAGGAGCGUCUUAUGGUUAUUUGGAAGGCUACAAUUGCAUACCGCAAUGAGCAGCGCGCUAAUGACAAUUUUCUACAGUUUUUGAGAGAUUUUCAAGCUGCUUCAUCUUUCAACGGAGAACUGCUUCUAGAAGAGUUUACUAUUUUAAAUCCUAAAGCUAAUGAUUUUAUUAGCACGUGGACUGUUCUACAACCAAAAUUGCUUUCUUUUUUUGAUGAAAUGUACCUUCAUAUUACUAAUCAGUUCGUGCGAAGCUUAGCAAUUCUUAAAAACAAAAACCCCACCAGAGGUUCUAGACAAGUUCGUGACGACGCACGGAAAAUUAAUCCGUUGCAUGGUAUUAUUGUUUGGAUUGAUCCUGAAGUUGAAAUUCCCGCUUGCGAAUUCCCGCAGAUAUUUGUAGCAGCAGAACAAUUUCAAUGUGGAGAUUGCUUUUUGGUCUGGGAUGAUUUCGCUAUCAACACAGGCCGUGACUUGGAACACAGCUUUAUAUUGCUGUGUAAAAGUUUCACAGUUUUCAAUGUAUUGCCAUCCUCUGCCAACAAACUUUUCUAUGCAUUUUUAGCGCUGUCAUGUUAAAAACAAUCCCGCUGAGUACUACUGCUA